GAAAACGCAUGAAUAUUGUCAUUUUUUCGAAGCAACUGAUUCAUUAAUAUUUUAAACUAGAUAUUAUAAACUUUUUCAACCUAUCUCGUUAUAGAAAGCACUGGAUAAUGUUGUGCCUUCUUCCAAACGUGAAGGCUUCAGUACCGUGCCAAACACGACAUGGAAUGACAUUGGUGCCCUCGGUGACAUUCGCGAAGAGUUGAAGUGGACUAUUCUUUAUCCAAUCAAACAGAGCGAAAAAUUCGAGCGGAUGGGAAUCGGCUCUAGGCCGCAGGGUGUGCUUCUGUGCGGACCUCCGGGAUGUGGCAAGACUCUCUUGGCGAAAGCGGUUGCCCAUGAAACUGGAAUGAACUUCAUUUCCGUUAAGGGUCCUGAACUCUUGAAUAUGAGUGGCGGCAGCGCACGGUUGGUCAACCAGUUCUUGACGGAAAUGGAUGGAAUGGAGCAUAGGCAUCAAGUAUUUUUGAUGGCAGCAACCAACAGACCAGACAUUAUUGAUCCUGCCAUUCUGAGACCUGGGCGAAUCGAUAAAAUCCUGUACAUUGGAUUACCAUCUGAAGAAGGAAGGACCGACAUCUUGCGAACGUUGACAAAGAUAAAGCAUUUCGUGCUAAUUAAUUGCGGCGGCUGUGAGAAUUUGGUCGAGACGUUGCAACCUCCGGAAGAUACUAUUUUCUACAUUGCGGACAGUCGUAGGCCGUUCCACAUCGACAAUAUAUACAACGCAAGACAGGUAAAUUUGCUGUUAAAGGCUGAAGAAAUUCCGGAACUGAACUGUCCUGAUUUCAACUCUGUUUAUGAGGAUAGCAGUGGUGACGAGGAUAAUGAAAAUGACGAAUCGUCUGACAGUGCCGAUGACAUUCUCGCUUCCCCAGUGCGGAGAAAAAGACGCAAACUUGACAAACCGUCAUGGGAACGAAAGCGGUAA